AUGCGUGACUCUGUGUUCAGGCUUACGUCCUCUAAGGAAAGUGAAGAUGCAUUUUUCCUUGCCAAAUCGAGAGCUUCCGCAUCAGAUAGGCCUGAGGAGUCUUCCUUGGUAAAGCCUUCAGACUCCUCCCUGGACAAAAAUGUAUCCAUUGAGACAACAAAGCUUUCUGAGAUGGAUUCAGACCUUUUGGUAUGGGAAGAUGGGACCCUAGCGACCUGGUCUACAUCAGCCUGGAUUGCACAGGCUCAAGUUUCAGAGAGCCGGGUGGCAAAGGCUCAGGCCUGGGAGACCCUUGCUUUGGAGGCUCAGGCAAGAGGGGCCUUACAAUUCAACAAGCCCAGCACCACAGAGUACUCAAUGGAGACAACCCGGAAACAAGAGUCCUCCAUAGAGUUGAACAAGACGAGUAAGGAAAAUAGCAACGUCUUCCCUCCCUGGCUCCUCUGGUCCAGCAAGGCUGAGUACAUCCUGGCCCUCAUGGGCUACUUGGUGAUGCCAUCCGGACUCUUGCGCUUUGUCACAUGCUGGGUUCACAAAGGAAGCUGUAACUUCUUCAUUGCGUACCUCCUAAUGCUGUUCGUCAUUGGGAUUCCUCUCCUCUUCCUGGAGAUGGCGGUUGGUCAGAGGGCACAGCAGAGCAGCAUUGACCUGUGGAAGACCCUGAGCCCCUGGUUUGGUGGACUAGGAUACAGCAUGGUUAUGGUGUGCCUCAUCACUAACACCUACCUGAACGUGUUCAAUUCCUGGAUCCUCUUCUACAUGAGCCACAUAUUCCACUUCGUUGUUCCAUGGGACCGGUGUCCCUUACAAAGGAAUUCCAGCGACUUUGAUCCUGAAUGUGAACAGGCAACAUCCUACACGUACUUUUGGUACCGGCAGACCUUGAAGGCCUCAGACAGUAUUGAGGAUGAAGGAGGACAGCCGUCCUUCAACCUGGCCAUGUUCCUCUUUCUGGCCUGGUGCCUCAUUUGUGUCUUCAUGGUCAACGGGAUCAAGUCCCUUGGGAAGGUCCUGUGUGUCUUGUUGCAAGUUCCCAAUUUCAUCAUCAUCUGCUUCCUCGUCCGGACUCUGUCAAUGGGCAGUGGCAUAGGAUAUGGCCUUAACUACCUGCUGAUCCUGGAGGUGGCGAGAAUCUCCGACUUAACUAUGUGGUGCCAAGCAGGGAUCCAGGUCUUGUUUGACGUUGGCCUGGGCUUUGGCCCCAUUAUCUCUUUAUCCUCACACAUGUCUGACUUCAACAACUGUCUGAAGGAUGCCUUCCUUAUGGCUCUGUUCAAGAUAGUCACCUUGUUGAUCACCACACCCUUCCUCCUCUCCAUCCUGGGCUUCUGGGCCACUAUAACCACACAUCACUGCUGUAAGAAGAACACAAAUAAACUCCUAAUGCUGAUAGCCCAGGGGAUCCUGCCUCCUGAGGUGGAGCCCCCUGACCUGAAUGACGACCCCACCUCCAUCUACAAUUCCUGGCUCGACAGCCUCCCGCUACCCUUGAGGAGCGCCGUUGUCAGCAUGGUGCCCGAAUGCAACGUCCAGAAGCAGUUUCUGAAGAUUGAGGAUAGCCCUCGCUUCCUGUUCCUGAUCUUCACUGAGGUCAUCUCACUAUUACCCGGGUCUGCCUUCUGGACUGUCCUCUUCUUUCUGGCGCUGCUGGGUCUGGGGUUGUGUACCAACCUCAUGUACAUGCUGGGCAACAUUUUGACACUCCAGGACACCUUCCCCUUCUGCAGGAGACAGCCAAGGUUGCUCACAGUGGGUGUUUCCAUGACGACGUUCCUGUGCGGCCUCAUCUUCAUCCAACCUUCAGGCAUCUACUACUUUACACUGCUGAGUGAAUACUGGGUAGCAGUGCCCAUCAUCACCAUCAUCCUAUGCGAAACCCUUGCCGUAGCCUGGGCCUAUGGGGCCAAGAGGUUCCUUGCAGACAUGAUGGCUCUGCUGAGCAGCCCCAUUUUCCCUGGCUGCAGCUGGCUGUGGCGCUAUGUGUCUCCAGUGGUGCUGCUAGGCCUGUUACUGUUCGUCUGCAUUUACCUUGUCCAGGGGCCCCUCGUCUACAUGGCCUGGGACUCAAGCACUUCAAGAGAAGUGGUCCGCUAUUUCCCAACGUGGUCCUUGAUGCUGAUUGCUGGGCUGUCUGCCUUUGUCCUCAUGCCCAUCCCUGCAUACUUUGCCUACUGCCUCAACAUGGGGAUUCCCUUCAGGUCUGCGCCCUCCUGUAAGCUACCACUCGGAAGUGGCCAGCUAUUGACUACAAAAGAGGCCUCAAAGGAUAUUCUACAAGGCUACAAACCAGAGUCCUAA